AAAAAGUCAAGAAUUUGUACUUUGAACUUUUUAAUUCCUUACUUUCCUUACUACCAGGGCUUUACAAAAUAUAAUACAGUCAAGCUUAAUAUCUACAAUUUUUCUGAAAACAUGAGCGAAACAGGUUAGCCCUGCCAUUGCCUUCCUGUGCAAAUCCACUCGAAAAAAGUUCUAGUUUACAGCACAGCCUAGGGUUUCUCCCCUUGACUUGAAUUCUCUCCAGUCGAUUUUUGAGAGAAUGAAUCAACAAACAGAAGGAGAAGUUGUGAACAAUGAUGUCAAUUUUUUGAACUGUUUUUAGAAUUGAAGUUUGCUUGUAAUUUCAGCGACGGGAGCGGAUGAAGUGAAAGAAACCGUUCAGUCCGUGUUGGCCAUGCUUCCAAAUAUUGAAUGAACAUGAAUAGCUACGUUGUUUGGAUUGGCUCUACCUUCUUCGCAGUGGAAGAGAAUGUUCUUCACAGCACAGGCAUUUUCUGGUGACGCCCCAGUUGAUGCUGGCUGUGGGGACGGCUGCGAUCGGCUCUCUGCAGUUUGGCUACAACACGGGUGUCAUCAACGCACCUCAAAAUAUCAUUGAGAGCUUCUACAACCAGACAUGGAUCAGCAGGUUUUCAGAACCCAUUUCUCAGAGCACUCUGACAGCUCUGUGGUCUUUUUCUGUGGCCGUCUUCUCUGUGGGAGGAAUGUUUGGCUCCUUCUCUGUCGGCCUUUUUGUCAACCGCUUUGGCAGGAGGAACUCCAUGCUCAUGGCCAAUGUGUUAGCCUUCCUUGCUGCUGUGUUUAUGGGGUUCAGCAAACUGGCGGCUUCCUUUGAGAUGCUCAUCAUUGGACGUUUUAUAGUGGGUGUGUACUCUGGCCUCUCUACGGGGUUUGUACCCAUAUAUGUUGAGGAAAUCUCUCCAACAUCUCUUCGCGGAGCCCUGGGCACUCUGCAUCAGCUCGGUGUGGUGAUCGGCAUCCUCAUGGCCCAGAUCUUUGGGAUUGAAUCUAUCUUGGGCAACGCGUCCCUGUGGCCGCUGCUGAUGGGGUUCACUCUGCUGCCGGCCUUGCUGCAGUGUGCUCUACUGCCGUUCUGUCCAGAGAGCCCCCGAUACCUCCUCAUUAACUGCAAUGAAGAGAGCAAAGCCUGCAGCGGUAAGAUCUACACACGUUCAUCUGUGUUCAUAUAUAUAUGGAGUCAUGAAACUGUUACUUUUCUUAAGUGACGUUACAUAAAAUAUGA